AUGCCUAAGAAGAGAGCUUCCAACGGACGUAACAAGAAGGGUAGAGGCCACGUCACCUCUGUUAGAUGUUCUAACUGUUCCCGUAUGGUCCCCAAGGAUAAGGCUAUCAAGAGAUUCACCAUCAGAAACAUGGUCGAGUCUGCUGCCAUCCGUGAUAUCUCUGAUGCCUCUGUCUACCAAGAAUACGCUUUGCCCAAGCUUUACAUCAAGAUCCACUACUGCGUCUCUUGUGCCAUCCACGGUAAGAUUGUCCGUGUCCGUUCCAGAGAGGGCCGUCGUAUCAGAACUCCUCCUCCUCGUGUUCGUUACAACCGUGACGGUAAGAAGAUCAACCCUCAAGCCGCUGCUAAGGCUGCUUACUAA